AUGCAAGCACAAAUUACUUCAGGUCUUAUCUCACCAAAAGAUCGUGAAUCGGCUGAAGCAUUGGGCAUCUUCGUAAGGACAAACUUGUUGCCAGUUGCUGCUUAUAGUACUCCAUCAGCAGAUGGGCUUGUCGAGGUUGACGUUGAGAACAUGUUCACUACUGCGCCAACUCUAUCGGUUUAUGUAGAUGUUUUCAUCAAGUUAAUGACGAAUCUGCGCAGUAAUUUGGUGACGAUUGUUGAGAACAGUGAACAUCCGAAGUCAGUCGCGAGAAUAGUGAAGCAGUUGGAGCGUGCUGGAAUUCAUGUGGCCGAAGUGAUCCCAUACGAUCAUCCAGUAUUGGCUGAAGUGAUCGCAGACAGUGAUAGUCAAAUCAUUUUGUCAUACAUCGAGAAAGAACAGUUCUUCGAGGUUUUCACUGAUGAAAAGUUGUUAGCGUCAAACAAAAUGUGGGUCACCAUAUCUGUCAACGGUGACGGUCUCAACGCACAAGAGCAACUCGAAAUUCUUCGACGAGGUUCCAAAGCCAAGAUCGUCAGCCUUCAACCGAGAUCAAAAAAUCUCGCUCAGUUCAAAGAAUAUUUCCUUCGUGUUCUCAAAAACAACUAUCAAUCGUAUUCUUUGCUAACCGCUUAUGUUGAACAGGUUUUCAACUGUUCAAUGAAAGGUGAUAAUGGAUUGAUGAACUGCGCAGAUAUCGAACGGAAUGAAAUGUCGCAGAUUUACAAACAAGCCUCUACAGUAGAAUAUGCUGUCAAAUUAACGUAUGUGCUGGCCGUGGUUGGUGCACGCGUUGAAAAUAUCACCACUACGUUUUCAGAUCCGAUCUGUGAUCGCCCAACCGCAGAAUGCAAUCAACUGAUAAUGGAUGAAUUGGAAUCUCUCGACUAUGUGUUCGGUGCUAGCGAUCCAGCCGAACUGAACUCACAACGAUUGCAGUUUUACAGGAACAAAGAUGAUUCUGUGCUCAUUUCUAGUGGUAUUAUCAUUGAGGGCAUACUCUUAUUUAACGACGAUCAUAUGGUUCCUAUGGUGAUCGAAUACGAGACUGGCAGUAAACCGCGUGUUGUCAACAACAAUUUGAAAUAUCUAAAAAUCCGUUCGCAGUGUGCGCCCUAUCGACCGUUUUGCGGCACUUGUAAACAAGUCACUGAAGUCGAUUCGAAUAAAUAUUUCCUCUCAAUUCCAAAAGAAUAUCCGCUCUACAUAAUGGCACUGUUCGAUUUUCACGAUGGACGCAACUGUCAGUCAUUCAAAAAUUCCGAUAUCUCAUUGCCGAUGUCGUUCAUUCAUACGAUAUGGACAUUCCGUAAACGAUAUCCUCAAUUGAAAUUGCUCCAAAAUCUCGACUUUGGUGCACUUCUCGUAGAUUCUUGUUCAAUUGGUAAGACUGCAGCUGAGGUGAUUAUUAUCGGUGAAACGCAGUGUUUCACUUUCCAACAAGCCGAUCGUAAUAUCACGAUUGUACCCGGCUCUGUUUUUGGUCAGUUAUACUCUUCGUAUACUUCUAGUCGUGCUCACAACUUCUUAUUGUCAUUUUCUCUUUAUCAUUCCAAACAAUGCAACAUGAAAAAAUAA